AUGGCAGAGCUUAAAUUCGCGGCGUUUUCGUCGCAGAUAGAGCUGCCGUUUUACUCGGCACUCUUCUCGUCCAAGCUUGACCACGCCAAGCUCGACGACUCUGCGCGCUUCGUCCUCGGCACUUAUGAGUCCAACCCGGCUGCAACCCCCGACGAGAGCACUCGUAUGCAGAUCCUCGGUAACUCGCUUACCAAUAACUCGGUCGGUCUCAACCAAUGUCGCGCGGACGGUACCAUCAAGAACGUGAACACGAUCGAAGACUUCAAGCAGACCGACAAGGCUGCCAUGCUCCAGACCGCCGGCCGGCAGAUCUGGGACGCGAUCAAGGACGGCACCAUCUACUCCGUCCCCUCCCUCCUCGCUUCCCACACUAUCCUGUCGUUUGCCGACCUAAAGAAAUACCGCUUCACGUACUGGUUCGCCUUCCCCGCCCUGCAUUCGGACCCCCAGUGGAAGCGCACCGCGGACAUAGGCAGGCUCACGUCCGCCGAGAGCACCGCGCUGGUCGAUCAGGUGGGGACCUGGCGCUACAGCGUCGACAACAGGGAAUAUGGCUUCUUCCUGGCCAAAAAAGUCCGCGGCGGCGAGGACACACGGUCUAAGAACUCGUUCGACUCUGCCGCCGAGGAGCUCGGAUUCAGGUGGGUCAUCGCCUCCCUACGAGAGUUCGAGAACGGCUUCUUCGAUGGCGUCCCCGAGGAGGACCGCUUCGUCUCUUUCGUUGACCCUUCCAAUUAUGCCGAGCACCCCUCCUGGCCCCUGCGCAACCUGCUAGUCCUUGUCCGCCAGCGCUUCCACCUGAGCAAGGUCAACAUCCUCUGUUUCCGCGACACCCAGGCUCGGCGCCACGAGGCUCGCAGCAUCAUCCUGCCACUUGCUAUGGACAGCGUGCCGGAGAUGGAGACGAGCACGAUGCCCAAGGUCACGGGCUGGGAGCGGAACGCGAUCGGAAAGCUGCAGGCGCGCCAGGCGAGCCUCGGCGACUAUAUGGACCCCAAAAAGCUGGCGGACCAGGCCGUGGACCUGAAUCUCAAGCUUAUGAAGUGGCGGAUAUCUCCCGGCCUGGACCUAGACACCAUCAGGAAUACCUCGUGUCUGCUUUUGGGCGCGGGCACCCUGGGCAGCUACGUGUCGCGCAACCUCAUGGGCUGGGGCGUUCGCAAGAUCACCUUUGUCGACAACGGCUCCGUCUCGUUCUCGAACCCUGUGCGGCAGCCCCUCUUCGACUUCAACGACGCCCUCAAUGGAGGCGCUCCCAAGGCGACCAAGGCGGCCGAGGCGUUACGGGAGAUCAACCCCAGUGUGGAAAGCGAGGGCCAUGUGCUCUCGGUUCCCAUGCUGGGACAUCCUAUUGCGGACGAGGCCAGGACCAAGGCCGACUUCACCAAGCUCCGACAGCUCGUCGAGUCCCACGACGUCAUCUUUUUGCUGAUGGACAGUCGUGAGUCACGGUGGCUGCCAACAGUAAUGGGCAAGGCUGCGGGCAAGAUCGUCAUGAAUGCUGCGCUGGGCUUUGACACGUACGUCGUGAUGCGACAUGGUGCCGCGCCCAAGGAUGGCAGUGAGAAGACUCUAGGGUGCUACUUCUGCAACGAUGUAGUUGUGGCUACUGAUUCCCAGAAAGAUCUCACCCUCGACCAGCAAUGCACGGUCACCCGUCCUGGCGGCGCAGCGAUCGCGUCAGCACUCCUUGUCGAGCUGCUGGCGAGCAUCUUGCAACAUCCCGACGGCCACCACGCCAAGGCUCCUGUCCCCAGCGGCGGCGACACCGUUUCGUAUGAGCGCGACCCGCCCAACCAUGCACUUGGCCUCGUCCCCCACCAGAUUCGUGGGUUCCUCUCCACCUUCCAGAACAUGAUCAUCCGCGGCGAGUCGUAUCCCAACUGCAGCGCAUGCAGCAAGACCAUCGUCGACGCCUACAAGAAGGACGGCUAUGCGUUCCUCCGGAAAGCCCUCGAGGACAAGGAUUAUGUUGCGGAGUUGUCGGGCCUCGCGGAGGUCCAGCGUCGCGCCGAAGCCAUGGCGGCUGACGUGGAGCUUAGCGACGAGGAGGACGUGGAGGACGAUGGUGAGGCGGUCCUUCUCUAGCGAAUGAGUCUCACGAAUUGUGACCAGAGAAUAGAGACCAAAGAGGAAGGGGAGAGGAAGAUACAAAACAAAAAAUACAUCUGGCGGGAAUCAUGGGAUCAUGAAAUGAUGAUGGAAAUGCCUGAGCAUUGCGGAACUGGAUAUCGGCGUUUUGUGUUUGGUUACGGUGCCGUGGGUUUUGGCCCUCUUUGCAAUCUCGUUUGGAGGGAGGGCUGGACCGCACUACAGAGCAUGGUCAGGAUCAUCAAUGGAAAUCAGGCUGGAAGGAAUAUCGCAGGCAUUCAAGGAUGGUUUUCUUCUUCUUUUCUUGCUUACACAAACCCUUUAACGGUCUUGGGGAGGGGAUCUACAGAAGCGGAUUCAAGGUGGUUUCUUCACGGGUGACUACUCAGUACCUAAAUUACAAAUGUAGUCUUGGGCGUUUCCGGGGGGGGGGGAUGUUUUUGAAGGAGGCAUGCUUUGGCGUCACCAGACAGGCAGGAUCAAAGGGGAUUGAUGAGGACAGCUCAUGCAUUCCCCAUACUUUUCCCUAACUAAUAAGGGCUUACAAGGGGCUGAUGAAUCGACAUCUUGAUUCAG